AUGGUGCUGCUUAAUGAAGACAACAGCUCUGAAGAGAGCGAUAAUCAGCCUAUCAUAAAACGGCGAGUGAGAGCUGCUCAUCGCAAGGUGUUGAAGUAUACGGAGGAUGAGGAGGAUAGUGAUGAUGACGAUACUGGGGACUCAGACGCCCAGGAUGAUGAUGACGAUGAUGAUGAUGAUGGUUCUUCUCAUGAGGAGUUGUCAACUCCCGCACGAUCUUCCAAGGGUCGACGACGACGAACCCGUCCGAAGUCAACCGAGGACGAACGGGCAAAGAAGAAGUCUCGAGCGGAGAAAAAAGUGAAGCGGGAGUCUAGUGUGGCGACUCCGGUUCCUAAAAAGAAGAUAAAUCGGUCGGAAAAGGAACAGCUCGUGAGUGAAGUACUCUGUCGUUGGUGGUAUGCCAUGCCUCCCUGGCCACCGCUUGAUUAUGACUAUGAGAAGGAGCUCAAUCGACGAGGCUUUCGGAUCGUCACCUUACAGGACUGGGAGGAAGAGGCGGACCUUGAUAAGGAAGGCCGUGCUAAGGUGUAUGCCCUAUCGCAGUUCCCUGGCAUCUAUCGGGCGUAUGAUCGUCGAUUGAUCGAUGUGCGACCGAAUGAAGGGAAGCCUAGUUUUAACAACCUGAUGAAUUCAACUACUGACAAACUGAAAGCUCUUCUUAGGGAAGCCAUAAAGAAUCAGCUAGCCGAGCUACGGGCUCAACCGUCGUUCAAACGGCCUGGGAAUGGUGAUGAGGAGCUGGAGAGAGAUCUUGUGGUCAGAGGCAAACGAUUGGGGCUUAAGGAUGGGAGGUGACACUUACGUAAUGAUGAUGAAUAACAACAA